AUGCAAAUCUUGGUCACACGAAAAGAUGGCGGAAAUCUACUGACUGCGGGCGAUCUCGAUGAGAUCUAUGAAGUGCAGAAGUUUAUCUCUGAGAACGUCACAGCCUCAGAUGGCAUAAAAGAGUUCCACUAUAGUGACGUCUGUGGCGUUUAUUGCGAUGACAGUAACGGCGCUGUUAUUGCGGUCUUGCAGACUGCUAUCGCCGCCUCCGAUGGAUUGUCCUCAACGAGGCUGACCUACCCGAACGCUGAAGCUUUUCAGAAACGAGUUUUCCUUGGUUUCUCGCUUGGAAAUCUUACCUUCCGCAAGGAACAACCUGACGAGGUCGACACUUCUUUGCCAAAUGGGAGAGUUUUGGCGGCGAAUUUCGAACAAAAACUUCAUCGUGUGUUCACCGCGUUGACCGAAACGUCAUCGAAGUUCGCCUUUUCAAUGUUGAGCAGAAAUAGGGAGAUCUCAGAGCAGAGAGCUAUUACGCUCACUGCCUUGCCAUUUCUUGGCCUUACCGCAAUGGUGUUGAUUGGUUUCAUGUUCAUCACUCUCAUCGACUUUCCACUGUACCGAAGUCAGUACAUGGAGUCAGUUGUUGGCAUGAUCUCACCUGCAAUGGCUUUAUGGACUAGCGGUGGUAUCCUUUUUUGGCUCGGAUUCCCGUUCUCGAACAUUCUUACCGUUGUUCCUUUCCUUGUCGUCACUAUAGGCAUCGACGAUGCUUUCCUGAUUCUUGCUGGAUGGCGACAGUCAACGAAAGGCGCCCCCAUUGAACAACGAAUGGCAGAAUCUAUUUCUAUUUCUGGCGCUUCUGUUACCGUAACAUCUGUCACAGAUGUUCUCUGCUUUGCUAUUGGUCUGUUCGCCAACAUGCCUGUGGUUCAGCUGUUCUGUUUGUUCACCACAGUUGCUCUAUUCAUGGAUUUUGUCUAUCAGCUGACCUUUUUCUCGGCCAUGAUGAGCUUCAUCGUUCGACGUCAGAUCAGGCUAGAUGAGAAAGCUAAAGAGCGAAAAAUUCAGGACGGAAACCCAUCAAUGAAUUCAAUAGGUGACAGUACAAAAGCGAAAUUCGGUGAAACGAUGGUAUUUUCGAUUAUGCUUCCCUCAUUCACCGCACCACCACAGGAGAUUAAGCGCAAGAAGAGCCGUCUGAGAUCUUUGUCGAUUUUCUUCAAACGAAAACCGCUCAAAUGGUCAUUGCUGAUCUUCUCGCCCACGUUGGGGUAA